AUGCCUGGUGCAGACAGGAGAGACACGCAGGAGAAGGGAUUUUUGAGCCACAUGGCUGAGGAGGAGCAAGGAGCUGGGAGAAGCAGGAGUGCUGGGAAGCUGCCCGAGGCUGGGAAGAAGCUCCACGAGGCCGUCUGCGUGCUGCUGGUGGAGCUGUGCGAGAGGUUCACGUUCUUCGGCAUCGUGUGCAACAUGAUCCUGUUCUGCACGGCCAAGCUGGGCUACCGCAGCCACCAGGCAGCCAUGGUCAACAUGUGCUUCGUGGGCACCUCCACGCUCACCCCCGUGCUGGUGGGCUGGCUCGCCGAGUACCUGCUGGGGAGGACCAAGCUGGUGUGCAUCUGCAUGUUCCUGCACUUCCUAGGCACAGCACUGUUACCUGUGGUGUCAUUCCCCUUUGAGGACGUCCACAUCGACAGACGGCACAUUCUCCUCACCCUGCCCAAGAGGGAGCAGAAAAUCGUGUUUUACUUUGCACUCCUCACAGCCAGCCUGGGAAUAGGAGGCAUAAGAGCCAUUGUGUGCCCCCUGGGUGCCUACAGCCUCGAGGACUGCGGGCCAAAGGAGCUGCUUUCAUUUUUCAACUGGUUUCAUUGGCUGGUUAACUUGAAUUCAGCAGUGGUCUUUGUCAGCAUUUCUUACAUCCAGCAGUCUGUGGCCAGGAACCUUGGCUUUCUUAUCCCAUUUGUGUCUGGGCUCAUGGCUAUGAUCACAAUUCACAUGGUUCGGGGUGAAAUGAUUUACAAACCCAAAGCAGACAGCUCCCUGCUGACGACUUUCGGGGUGAUUUUUAGUGCCCUGAAAGCGUGCUGUGUGCGCUACCGCUACCUCGGCACAGCCCUGGCCAGCUGGCUGGACCACGCCAAGGAAAACCACGGGGGUCACUACAGUGAGACUCAGGUGGAGGGCACAAAGUCACUGGCCAGACUCUUCCCCUUGUUCACUUUCCAGAUCCUCUACAGGACGUGCAUUAUGCAGAUUCCUUCAGGAUAUUAUCUCCAAACCAUGAAUUCCAACUUGCACUUCAGUGGAUUUGUCCUGCCAGUUGCAGCAAUGAACGUGAUAAGCAUCGUGCCCCUACUGAUUCUGGUUCCUAUUUUGGAGUGCAUUAACUCCUGGCUCUUCAGCUCCAAGGACACUGGACAUUCUCCAACAAUUUACAUUGUUACAGGUCACUUAUCUGCUGCCCUUUCCGUGGCGGCUGCUGGCUUCUCCGAAAUCCACCGAAAGCACUUCCCUCAGGUGGAGCAGACUCUCUCCGAGGAGCUUCUCCUGGUCUCCUCCAUGCCUUGCUUCCACUUGGCUCCUCAGUACGUCCUGCUUGGAGUGGCUGAAGCCUUGGUAACUCCCUCCUGUUCCUUACUUUCAUUCUGGCUUGUGCCCGAAAGAAUGAGAGGGAUUUCCAUGCAUUUUUUAGCUCUCUUUAAUGGAGCUGGCUGCUUUGUGGGAGCUCUCUUUGUGCAGACAGCCCACGCAGGCACUCAAGGCUCCUGGUUCCCACACUUGCUGCAUGAAGGUAAAUUGGAGAGAUUCUUCUUCUUCUUGGCCUCCUUAAUGAUGGUGAACACCCUGGGGUUCUGGGCCGUCGCACACAGAUACAACGAUCUGCGUGAGGAUUGCACCAAUGAGUUCAGAGGAAGUCUUCCUGGAGAAAAACUUUUGAAGCAUGGAAAAGCCAUCAAGCAUUAUAAUGCUGUCCUGGAAAGUUCUCCCCUUUUGUCUCCUGUGGAGAAAACCUGAUAGGAUUUCACCCUGAUAAAAUUUCAACCCUAAAUUUUAGGUUUUUUUUUUUUUAAUCCACCAGCUCUCUAAGGAUAAAUUACCCAGCACACUUAAGUGGAGCCAUGUCCUGGUAUUUAUGAAUUAUCUGGUGAAUAAUAAUGUCAUUUAGAAGUUAACAACAUAGCAUUCUUCAUAGGGUUUGGCCUCGAAGGAGGCUGCACUGUCAUAAUUCACCUGGAGGCCAAGGAGAGCUCACUGCUUGCCACAAUUGAUGGAGAGAGGCUUUUAAUCUUUAUGUGGAAAUAGGUAUCCACGUAUAUUUGUAUUUAGGAGUGGUCAAAAAUUAAUAA